AUGAACUUAUGUGGAUUGUGUUUGCUGCUGUCUGUGGAAGUGUGCUGGCUCACGGCGAAAGUGGACGCGUCCUGGUGGUUCAUGGGCUCGCUGGGCUCCCGGCUGGUGUGUGAUCAUGUCCCGGGCUUGGUGAGCAGACAGAGGCAGAUGUGUCGACAGUUCCCGGGUGUGAUGAAGGUGAUCGGAGCCGGCGUGAGCGACUGGAUCCAGGAAUGUCAGCACCAGUUCAGGACCAACCGCUGGAACUGCAACACCACCAAUGACCACAACCUGUUCGGGCGCCUGCUGCUGCGCGGCUCCCGUGAGGUCGCCUUCCUCUACGCCAUCUCGUCUGCCGGGGUGGUGCACUCUGUGGCACGCGCCUGCAGCCAGGGGGCGCUGGACUCGUGCUCCUGUGACCCCGGCAAGAAGGGCCGUUCCCGCGACGACAGGGGCGUGUUCGACUGGGGCGGCUGCUCGGAUCACGUAGAGCACGCCGUCAAGUUCAGCCAGAUGUUUGUGGACGAGCGUGAGAGGAGAGAGAGAGACGCAAGAGCCGCAAUGAACCUGCACAACAACAGGGCCGGACGCAAGGCUGUGCGUCGCUUCCUGUCUCUGCAGUGCAAGUGUCACGGCGUCAGUGGCUCGUGCACGCUCAGAACGUGCUGGCUCGCCCUGUCCGACUUCAGACGAACCGGAGACCACCUCAUGAGGAGGUACAGACGCGCCGUGCACCUGUCAAUCAACCAGGACUCCUCUGCAGGGUCUCCGGCGGGCCAGCGCAGGGGCCACGAGCUCAAGAGGCCCAGCAAACACGACCUGGUGUAUCUGGAGGAGAGCCCGGACUACUGCGUACGAGAUAUACAGUCAGGUUCUCUGGGCACCGCGGGGCGUGUGUGUAACCGGACGUCCCGCGGCGUGGAGGGCUGUGAUGUCAUGUGCUGCGGGCGGGGCUACGACACGGCCAGGGUUCGACUCCGGUCCAAAUGCGAGUGCAAGUUUCACUGGUGCUGCUCUGUGCUGUGCCAAGACUGUGACCGCGAGGAGGACCUGCACUUCUGUAAGGGACACACGUGA